UCAUCAUUUCAACAUUUUGGCAGCGUCAAUAUUAAUCGGUGGUCAAUAAACGAGACGAGAUGAGGCGUACUCGACUCUGUGGACUUCUCUUGCUGUGGGUUCAUGUCUACUUUGUGAAUGCGGGAAACACUUCUGAUGGAUCCUCAUCUCGCAAUUUACAGUCGCAGGAGUCGAGCACCAAGGAGAAACCUGUGGAAAUUGUGGCAACACAAAUGAAAGUCUCUCCUGCUUGGUACCUCAGUGAGGGCGACACUGUAGAGAUCAACUGCACUACAAUUGACGACAAAGGAAACCACAGCCACAAAAUGGACCUGCUACUGUUCUGGACCAAGCUGGGCCCUGGAGAGAAGACCAAGACGGUCCUAGUGAGGCAGAGAGCAUCUACAGGAAUCUCCUUUGUCCUGGGCCCUGUUACCCAUGAGCACCAAGGAGUUUACACCUGUGACGAUGAUGGCAGCUUACCUGAUGUUUAUGUCAAUGAUUGGCACCGUAUAAUCUGGGUGGCUGACGCCUCUCCCAGAGCCUCCAUAGACGUUAUCAGCCACAACAGGAGCCAGUUCCUCCAUGAUGAGCAGUUUACUUUGAGCUGCCAGCUGCCUGACAUUAACUCUCAGUGGAAGAUGAUGAGGUUUAACCAAUGGUGGGGGAUUAUCAAAGAGUGUCCCAAUCAAGCAUCUUCAGAUGGUCGUCUGUCCUGCACAACCACUUCUGACUAUCCCUGGUCAGAUGUUCUGUACUGGUGUGAAAGUGCAUCAGGAGAGAGGAGUAACGCCCUCAAUAUUACCACCACUGUUGGUGUAAACGUAACCCUGGAGAGUCCAACGCAUCCUGUUUUGGAGGGAGAAGACGUGAUGCUGCGCUGUCUACACCGAAACAAAACCACAAAUACAUUUACCUCCAACUUCAGAGCUGUCUUCUACAAGAACAAUCGUCGGAUCAGGAUUCAAACUGAAGGCAACAUGACUCUGAAAGCAGUGACCAAAGCUGAUGAGGGGAUGUACACUUGUCGCCACUCAGAGGAGGGAUCGUCUCAUUACAGCUGGUUCUCUGUCAGAGGCACUGACGCUCUCACAAAGCGACCUCACAAAUACUGAAAAAACCCCAACAGAGCUCAAUAUGUCCACGCUACUCGGCCCAACCAAGACCAAUAGAAGAACAUCCUGGACCUUCAAACAUUAGCUGGCAACGCUCCACCUCCAGGUCCGGUAAACUGCUCUCUCAUUGGUCCAUUAAAACCAUUACUAUAGAAUCACGAGCUUUAAGACUCCAUCUGCAUUCUGUGCCAAAACUGGAGUAAAGUCUGAAUCUGAAUGCUCCUUGGAUAAAUACAUGUAAACAAAAAGAUUGUCUGAAUACUGCUGUACAAAAGAUGUUUGUACUGAA